AUGUGUUUGAUUCUUUUAAUUCCAACAUUUUCAUGUCAUGUUUUAUUCUGGAUUCAAGUUUGUACAUAUAAAUCUCUUCGUCAUCCUUCGUUAUUAUGGCUUUAUAAUUAUCUUAUACUUGAUAUGGUUUCACUUUCGCAAAUUUUCUUAGAAUAUCUCACACGUCAUUAUACGAUUUGUGGACUAAAUCCUGUUAUAUACUAUUUCUUAUGUAUAUUGGAAGCAUAUGCAAACAAUUAUACAACAAUGGUACAAUCAUUUGCUCUUACUCUAACAAAUAUUUACAGGUAUAGGCUGAUUGUUAAAAGCAAGAAAAUCACAUUUCAUUCUAUUAUUCUUAUAAUAUGUAUUCACUUAUUUAUUUAUUCAGCACCAUUAAUUCUUUUCAUUCUUCAAGAUAUUUUUUCAGGAACUACACUCGUUGAGGUUGUUGGUUUAUCAUGUGAUCUAGAUUUUUCUGAUUUUUUUAAUGAAUUUAUCGAUAUAUUUUUCCUUGUUAUCGUACCUAUUUGUAUCAAUAUACCUGUUAUAAUGCUGAUUAUUCGACAUGUUCGUUCUUCACAAAAUGCAGUUCGAUCCGUUCGACGUAUUCAUCGACAUCUUAUCAUUCAAUUUAUUAUUCUCUAUUCAAUUUGGUUUCUCUUUUUUCUUCCUCAAAUUAUAUUUUUAUUAUCUGUUGCUUCAUCGACUUCGCAACGUUUGAUUACAAAAGUUCUUGAUAUUGCUGCAACACUUUCUGAUGUUCUAGUUAUUACACUAUUCGAUCGUCGCUUUGUUGAUGCAUGGAAAUUGACUGCACAACGAAUUCUAAGACUUAUGAAGCGAAAUAAUAGACGUAUUAAUCCAACAACAAUCACUCAACCAAUACAAUUAGCACGAAUUCAACCAGAUGCCACAAAAGCUCAGAAUCGUGUGGUAAAUGUAAUGUGAAGCUAUGCCGAAUGUUGACUAUCAAGAAAUCGAGAAUUAAAACUAACAUAUGUUGAAAUAACGCUGAUGAUUCACUAUCUAUCAUCGACUGUACUUAUAUUCGAGUUUCUCUCAAGUACGAAAUGACGAUUUUAAGGUUUUCACAGAUUUCUCAAUACUCACAAUUUAUUCUAGAAUAAAGUCAAAUUUAUAUACUGUCAGAAGACAGCUAAUACUAAUUCAUCAGAUGAGUUCAUCUAAAUCGGAAAUUUAACCUAAAAUAUGUUAAAAGAAUGCUGAUGAUUCAUUAUCUGGCAUCCGCUUUAGUUUUAGCUGUUUUCGUUGAAUUAUCUCCAGAUAUGAAAAUAUUAUGUUCUGUAUCGCAUUCAAAGCUUCCGACCCAUUAUAAUAUAAGUACUUUAUAUGUUAAUUCGAAUUUCUUGAAAUUCAGACAUGAUUUUUGCCUAAUCUUCAAGAUCAAUAUCAUGUGAUGUCUUUGUGUGCAUGUAUCUAUAUUUACCAACGACUAUACUUUAUUUAUUCAUUAUUACACCAGACAACACUUGAAGUGCAUUUCAAUAGAAGUUAAGUCAGAAUAUUUAAGAAGAACAGAUACAUAUAUUGUAUCAUAUCACUAUAUAAAAGUGUAGUUGACUUCAGAGUUGUUGGGUGACGAUUUGAUGAAAGAUCAAUCAUCGAUUCGAGCAACAAAUAUGAAUAUUUAAGAAGUUCAGUAAUAAGUUGACAAACUUCAUUCAUUGAUCAUAGUUGUAAAAUCCGAUUGAUGAUCCAGAAUUCGAUAGACAAGUUCUACCGGUAACGUAAGGAAGUUGGUAAAACUUUGAUUUGACAUUGUAGACUGUUAAUGAAAUGUGUGUUGUAUAAUAUGUUACUUUUUCUUCCCAUUCAAUGAACACAUAUUCGUCAUGCAUCAUAUAUUUUCCAUGAUAUUGCGAUUACUUGAUGAGAGAAAAAGCGAAAAAAGAACGAUAUCACGUUCAAGGAUCCAGCUUCGAUAGGAAGUAUAAUCAAACAUUUUACCAUGAUUAUUUUAUUAAUAUAAAAUGAUAUAUAGUAGGCAUGACUAUUGCCUUCCUGAUUAUAAUUAUAGCAAAGUUUGAAGAACUCUCUUUCUUUUCAUUGAUGUUCAAAAUGUAGAUUGUUAUUUAAUUAUAAAAUCGAAUGAAGAUAUUUUAUACGUUGGAAGAGAAUUUGUUCUCAAGAAACAGAGUCAGGUGAAUGUGGAGUGAGUGUGGAUUUACUUGACGAGAUCAAUCUUAUAUCCACACCCACAUCCUCUAAUUGAAAAAACUG